AUGCACAGAUGGAUGCUGACAUGGAACCUUCACAGAGCGCUGUCGGGAUUCUACCUGCACGCCGUCUUCCUGUUUGGCAGCGUGCACGUGGCCUGCGGUGACUGCACGCCAGGGCAGCUGGCCGCCAUCAUGAACUGCUCUAAAUACGAGCGCCACACCAGAAACUCCGACUACAUGGAAGGGGGGGAUGUGCGCAUUCGCCAGCUGUACAGCCGAACACAGUGGUUUAUGACAAUCGACGACUCCGGGAACAUCAGGGGGACUCAGGAUCCCACCAACUGCUACAGUAUUCUGGAGAUCAGGACGGUGUCGGAGCGAGGCCUGACCAUCAAAGGCAUCAAGAGUCAGUUCUACAUCUCCAUGAACAAGAAGGGACAGUUGAAGGGAAAGAGGAUCUACAACAAAAACUGCGAGUUCACAGAGUUUUUCCUAGAAAACUACUUCAAUGCUUACGCGUCUGUGAACAAGUGGAACAAAACUAAAGAGAUGUUCAUCGCUCUGUCGCAGAAAGGACGGCCACUGAGGGGCAACAAGACCAGGAGGGAGCAGGUAGCGUCUCACUUCAUCCCCAUGAAGUGCAAGGAGGACGAGGACAGACGAGUGGAGUGAAGACACCUACGGUCCGGUUUCCAUCCUGUGAACACGUAUAAA